AAUGAUUGGAAGGCGCUAGUCUGGUGUCAUUUUUUAAAACCGUUUUAAAUGUAUUGGUUGGACAAAAAGCUGAAAUGUCUUUGGUUUGAGGACCGGGUGUGGUUUCACCUAUUUGCUGUCAUAGACUGUACAAUUAUUUGUGUGGCGUGGUGAAUAAGCUUUGAAUGUGGAGAAGAUCUUUGAACCAACAAAGAACGGAAACCUCCGGGGCGUUUUACGAGAACGCGUAUAAAACAUUAUUGCUCUUUUGUUGAGGUUUGAGGGUGUUGGCUAUGGGGUGGAGGCGUGAGGCAUGGCCUGGUUCUGGCCCCCCUGGGUGAACAACACCCAGUAGCCCUGAGAUGAUGAGUGGCCCUCCGCCCUGGCACUCCUCUAAGUGAUGAAGACCCCUGCCAUCCUCCUCCUCAUCCUGUUUGUCCUGUGCAGAACUGUGCUUGUGUCAACGAAGUCGGUGAAGCACACAGUGGAGGAAUGGAACAUAUACAGGAGCGAGUGCCUGCUGAGAAUGAGCACGGACCCCACACCCCCAGAGUCCACAGAAUCUACCCAAUUCUUAGAAUAAGCACCAUGAGUCAGACUUCGACUUAAUGUCUGACCCAAAGGACUGGAUCCAUUGCAGGGCAGUAUCCUCAUCAUUACUACUGUUUUCCCAGUUGGUCUUCAUCCAAACACCAAACAGUCUCUAUCCUGCUUAGUUUAAGACAAAAUCUUAGGGAUUCAGGGUCUGCUUACUGCUUAUAUACUUACUUCUACCCCCAGGCUUAUUCUGCGGCCGCAUGUUUGACAUGUACGCCUGCUGGCCGGAGGGCAUCCCCAACACCACCGUUAAAGUGCCCUGCCCGUGGUACCUCCCCUGGUACAACCAAGUUCGUAAUGGAUAUGUGUUGCGGGAGUGUGGGCCUGAUGGCCAAUGGGCCAUUAACAACACCAGUAGCACCUGGAGGGACCACUCCCAGUGCAACGCAGACAAUAACCAGCAGGUGGCACAGGAGAACCAGAUGGUGAUCUUGGCCUACUUCCGGGUGAUGUACACUGUGGGCUACUCUCUGUCCCUGGCCAGCCUUUCCCUGGCCCUCAUCAUACUGCUCAUCUUCAGGAAACUAAGGUGCACCAGGAACUAUAUCCACACCAAUCUGUUUGCCUCCUUCAUCCUGCGAGCCAUAUCCAUCCUCACCAGAGAUGCUGUUCUCACCAGGGACACCCCUGAGUUCAGAGACAACAGAGACGUGUCCAAUGUCCUCAGUGAUCAGGCUCUCUCUGGCUGCCGUGUGGCCCAGGUGCUCAUGCAGUACUGUGUGGGGGCUAACUACUACUGGCUGCUGGUGGAGGGCCUGUACCUUCACAACCUGCUGGUGCUCAUGGUCUUCUCUGAGAACAGCUACUUCUGUGGAUACCUCUUCAUCGGCUGGGGAACCCCAGUGUUAUUUGUGGUCCCCUGGAUUAUAGUGCGGUACCUGUACGAAAACACACGGUGCUGGGAGAUCAACGAGAACAUGGCGUACUGGUGGAUCAUCCGCACACCCAUCCUCCUGGCCAUUCUGGUCAACUUUUUCAUAUUUAUUCGGAUCAUACAGAUCCUUGUCUCCAAAUUAAAGGCACGCCAAAUGAGGUACACAGAUUAUAAAUUCAGGUUGGCUAAGUCCACUCUGACCCUCAUCCCUCUCCUGGGCAUCCAUGAGGUUGUCUUUGCCGUGAUGUCAGAGGAACAGACAGAGGGCAUCCUCCGAAAUAUCAACCUCUUCUUUGAACUUUUAUUCAAUUCUUUCCAGGGUCUCCUGGUUGCCAUCCUGUACUGCUUCGUCAAUAAAGAGGUGCAGUCAGAGAUAAAGAAGAAAUGGCAGCAAUGGAAGCUGGGCAUGACCGUCCUGGACGACCUUCGCAACACCGGCAGCAACACGCCACAGGGGGGCACCGCCGGCGGGCAGUGCCACCACGACCCGCCCUGUCAGCCUGACUGUCCACAGGAGGAUACCCACAACCUCUCCUCGGAUGCCUCCGCCUCGGGGCCGCAUGCCCGCCCGCGCCCACACCACCACCCAGGGGCCAAGAAGGGCAAGGCCUACUGCUACAUUUCCGCCCGCAAGCAGGUGCUGAACGGCCUUGAUGGAGCUCCGCUGGGCAACGGGGGAGGAGAAGGAGCCAUCAAAUACUCUGAGAGCUACUGCUGAGUGGCCCUGUUGGGGGCUAAUGAGGGCUAACGACUAGCUGGCUACCUUUGUAAUUUCUAGUGGAAGGAAUCCGAACCAGACAAUCACCUGCUUCAGUUGUGUACUUCCAGAUCUAUGUGGCCUACUUGGUGUUUCGUCGAACCCAUGUCUUAAUAAUUGUGUGAACAUGAUCCGGGACUCUUUGGAUGAUUGCCAGAAUGCCUUUUCUGCACUGGCCAAUCAGGCUGUGUUGUGACUCCUAUAGGCUUCCAGUGGCAGAUAAGAUGACCCGUCCCAAGUGCAAUAUCGCCUCAAUCGACCCAGAUGUUGAGGAAAGCUACUUAAAUUAGGAAAUGAACACCGUCCGACCUUUAUCUGCUCAGAUUUGACUGUUUGGGGGGUUUGCCUCUUUGUUUUCUACCUCUCACUCUACUUGUGGACAAAAUGGAAAAGUUACGUGCCAACCGUGGACCGUCUUGUCAUGUGCAAUGGAUAUUAUAACAAUAGUGUGUUUUAUAUGUUGGUAUUGGAAAAAGUCUCUGUGAGGGAUGUACAGAAGGCAAGAGGUGAGCAAGCCAAUACACACACACACUAUGGUUUCCCUAGGCAACGCUGUGUUUUGAAUUCCUCUCACCCAACCGUUGAACACCUCUCAUGCCCCUUGAUCUCUAGCCAUACGUUUAUCGCAACCUUAUAGUCGUAGCUGAAUACAGUGAGCAAAGGAACCGCGCUCUUACGCAAUAUCAAUAUCGUAGACCUCAAGGAAGGCACAUCACUAUCAUGGUGGCGGCUGUGUGUGAGGCAUGACUCCUGCAAAAUGACUCGAGGGUGAGAAAGACAGGCAUGUAAUCAGAGACAUCUAAGGAGGGUUCGAUCACAUGCACUAUAUAGAAGAUAACUAGCAAGAGGUGUGUCCUUCAAAUGGAUGUCAGUGGGGGAAGGGGAGUUUCUUUACUGCGCUGUCUAAAGGGGUUGAAUGAUUUGUAAUGUCCUAUUAACAUAGUGAAAACUAUCACAGAAUGGAAGGUGACCGUAAUCCAGAGGUCUUUUAAGCACUGUAUCUAUACGCCACAGGAGGUUGGUGGCACCUUAAUUGGGGAGGACAGGCUCAUGGUAAUGGUUGGAGUGGAAUAGGCGGAAUGGUAUCAAAUAUAUCAAACGCAUGGUUUCCAUGCCAUUCCAUUUGCUCCGUUCCAGACAUUAUUAUGAUCCGUCCUCCCCUCAGCGGCCUUGGUGUAGUCUGCGGCACCUUCUGUAAUAUUCUCCAUUUAUCAGGUUUGUAGAGUCUGGGAUGAAAAUGAUCACUCUCGUGGUGCGUUAUGGUAGCCUGUUCCUCACCACAAAUCGUUUUUUUCUUGUAGCUUUUCCAGACUAACCACAACCACUUAACCCCCCAGCUGAAGGUUUUACAUCCCGCUGAGCACAGGUCGUAACAUGCCAAGAGGGAAUCUCUCCUCUGCUUCUGGGGAUUAAGGUCGCAGCACCCCUGCUGCCAUGUAGCUUAACCACUAUGGUGCAAUAGGACCUCUACACGAUAGACCACAGCCUCAAAAUACACAUUUAGUAUUCUGUUGUAUGCGUGUUGAUGGUAUGCUGUAGGUCUACAUGUCUGACGUCACGUUUGCAAAGCUAGGAUCCAUUCUGUUCAUCCUCUGUGAAGACGUAUGGUACGUUACAUACAUCUAUGUAAGGUUGCCAAUAACUCAGUUCUCCAUGCUGGAAUCUGUGAGAAACAAAAUAUUUUGCACUGAUCUCACCCUCGGUGAAGAUUUGAAAUACCAAUUAACCAAUAUGAGUUUAGCUAAAGGUGCUUCAUUUUAACCCAGCUAACAAUCCCCCACUCCUAUUUAAAGACUGGUUUCAAUCUAAAACUAGUACAGCACAACCCUAACUUCUCCAGAUAUAGCUUGACUACUCUGUGUAUAUGGAACUGUCUGAGCGUCCAGAGCCCUCAACUCAUUUUACUGUUUGUAAUUAGUCUCUUCUUGAGGGUCACAUUGCACCUAAUGGCUAUCCACCGGUUGAACAGGGGUUCUGUAUAAAUGUAGGCUAUUAAACCAGGCAAUUUCCAACUUACCUUUUGAAAUAGCUCCUCUAACCCACAUACACAGAGGCCCCAUCUUCACACAUACCAAUGGAGUAAUGAGGUAGCUUUGUUUUUCUGUCUUCCCAUUCACUCCAAAUGGGGCUAACCCGUUACCCAAGCAUGUCCACCAUCCAUCUCUCAGUGUUAUCAAAAUGUAGCAUGUCAUACAAAUGAACAGACAUUUUUUCACCAGGAGUAUUCCUACUAGGGUCAUUACUGAUGCUUGUCAGAGGGGCCUCAAUGCCUCUGGUGGCAUAGAUCAUUACUCUAAUGUGUGUGUGUGUGUGUGUGUGUGUGUGUGUGUGUGUGUGUGUGUGUGUGUGUGUGUGUGUGUGUGUGUGUGUGUGUGUGUGUGUGUGUUUUAAUUUCCAAAGUGGCUUGGCUGAUCCUCACAACUGAAAUAGCAUUCACAAAGUGAGUAUUGCACUUCACAAAUAUCUUCUAGUAUAAUGUACCUUUGGCAACAACACGCGUAGCCUUUGGAAUUUCUUUGGCAAACAUUACAAAAUACUGUGUUGUUUGUAAAACUGCUUAUGUCAGACAUUGACCUUUCAAUAAAAAAAAUGACCAGAUGUAGCAUAUAGUUAGUUAGCAUUGCUAGUAUGUGUUACAGUGGUGCCGUGACCUGGAUCUAGAGAGUGGACCCAGUAAACCGAGGUCAAAGGGAGGUAGAUUCAGUGGAUGCCUAUGUUCGAACCAUGCAGUGGGUUAGGACUGUACUGUCACCCUGGACCCAUAAUACAUUGGGUCCAUUCUGGCAGAGGUGGAACGUGUUACAUAAACGGACAUGACCUUCUGACGUGACUCCACGUGUUCUAUAUACCUGUCAACAGGUAAACUUGGCGCACUGACACUCAAAUGAUAUUUAACUCUGUGUGAGUAGGUUAUCAUCACAGGGAGAUUACAGUACAAAGAGCAGCACUAAAUCUCACAUAUAUGACUAUGUGACAUGAAUGGACACUAUUUUUACUCACUUGUUAUUUACAUGUUUGUUAUUUAAAUUAAAUUAUUCUUAAUCUGA